CAUAAAUACAGAGCCCCCUGGCUGUUUCACAUAACACCCUGGGGAGACUUGCAUGCCAUACAAUGCAGUGAGAAUCUUGCUGUGUGUUUUUCUUGGAUCACUGCACAACCUCACUUCUCCUGCAUGCCAGCUGGGAGCACCUGUGGCACACUUCUGCAAGAAUCAAGAGACAGAAACUGCAAACACACCUACCCAAAUCAGCUCAAGAUGGAAAAGUGUACAAGUCUGCUUCUGGUGUCUUUAAUACUGUGCGCUACAAUCUCACAGACAUUUGGAUUAGUUUUAUCAGGUAAAGAGAAGCGUGGCUGGACAUUGAACAGUGCAGGUUAUCUUUUAGGACCACGUCGUAUUGAUCAGCUUGUACUGGUUAAGGAAAUUCCCAUUGAAAUGGGGAGAGAAGAGUCACCUGGGGAAUAUGCAAUAGAUAAUCAUAGAUCAUUUAAUGACAAACAUGGAAUAGCUGGAAAACGUGAGCUACAGCCAGAAGAGGAUAUAAAGUCAGGAAAUUUUUAUAGAACUUUGUCAGACGAUAAUGUCCUGCGCACACUGGUUGAAUUUUUAACAUAUUUACAUCUUAAAGAGUCUGGAGCACUGGAUACCUUGCCCUCAACAAUGUCCUCAGAAGAAACAACCCAAUCAUGA